AUGCUGAAGAUAAAUAGAGUGUCAAAUGAUGCCAUCUGGUUGAGAUUAUUUCCUUUUUCUUUGAAGAAUCGUGCUAGGGAGUGGUUGCAUUCACUACCUCCGGGUUCAAUAACUACUUGGGAUGAGUUGUCACAAGCUUUUUUGGCUCAAUAUUUUCCUCCUAGCAAGACUGUAAAAUUGAGAAAUGAAUUAAUUUCUUUCAGACCAAGGGAUGAUGAGAGUCUUUAUGAAGCUUGGGAGAGAUACAAGGAUCUUCAAAGGAAAUGUCCACAUCAUGGAAUCCCUAAAUGGAUGCUAGUUCAGCAUUUUUAUAAUGGUGUUUCUCCAGCAAUUAGAAGUAAAAUUGAUGCAUCUUCAGGAGGUGAUCUUAUGGAGAAGUCAGAAGAAGAAGCUUAUUCAGUAUUGGAUAAAAUUGCUUACAACAAUUAUCAAUGGAGCUAUGAAAGAAAUGAAAUGAAGAAGCCAUCCGCUGGUGUAUAUGAGUUAGAUGCCAUGAGUAUGUUCAAUGCCAAAUUUGAUGCUUUAACGAGAAAAAUGGAUAAGUUAAGCAUGAAGGUUGAUUCUUUAAUUAGAGGAUCUAGUCAUGUAGAAGAUGUUGGUGAAGGAAAUAUGCAUUAUAUCAAUAAUUCUCCUUCUUAUGGGCAAGAAUUUGGAAAUGAGAAAGUUGAUUUUGUUGGGAAUUACAAUCAGAAACUAGUUGGUAAUCCUUUUUCUGCUACAUAUAAUCCAGCAUGGAGAAAUCACCCUAACUUUUCUUGGGGAGGUCGAUAA